AUUUAUUUAUUUAUUUAUUUAUUUAUUUUUGCUCACUGUCCAUAAAUUUGGAUGUCUUUGUCAUAGCUGAUUAUAACCUACAUUGUUCCACACAAUUCCGUCAUGAUAUCCAGCACAAAAAGAAGGGGGUCAUGCGUUGUUAUGCAGCUUCAGCUGACGUGUGUUUUGGGCCUCUCAUUUUCCCUUUUGGACCAGACUCACCGAGCACCACUGUCAAUUAUCCCCUCUCUUCUGAUGCACAAGCAUCUUCCUCUCAGCCAAAAGAGAAACUAGAUAGAUGGCAAAUAGAGAAGAUAUAUGGAAAGGAUUGGAGCAGCAUGAAUCUUCAGUACAGGAAGACAGUUAUUGACAGAUGCAACUUUGUGACAGAAUAUAACCCUCCAUCUAAUGAACGUGUGGAACUGGCUGACCGUUACACUGAACCAGUGAUCAUUCAGAGGAGCAAAGAGCAGAAUGAGAAAUACUGUCAUGAAUAUAUGAAGUCUGCUCAAGCUUCUGGAGCAAAAACAUCAUCUCAGCUGUUAUCAAAUGACAAGAACCACAGCAUCAGAAUAGACCAGCUGUUCAGUCCUGACAGUGAUGGAAACACACCGAAAACUGUGAUUCUCAGUGGAGAUUCUGGAAGAGGUAAAUCCUUCACAUUACAGAAGAUCAUGUUGGACUGGGCUUCUGGAGAACUUUACUCUGAAAUAUUUGAUCUAGUUUUUCUGUUGAAGUGUGAAGAGCUGAAGUGUGUUUCUGAUGUGAAAAGCUUGAUUGAUCUCUUGAGCUGCAGUAGCAGUUUAACAUCAGAUCAGAUCUCAGAGAUACUAGAGUUAACACCAGAGAAAGUCCUCUUCCUCAUUGAUGGAAUGGAUGAGUAUGAGUCUUGUUCACUCAUUCAUUUCGUUCCUUCACACAGUAAUCCAUCCAAGAGAGCAUCAUCUAUGGUCAUUCUUAGGAACCUGUUGAGGGGUGUUCUGCUGCCAGAAUCAUUCAUGCUUGUAACUAUGAGAUCUAUAGCUGAUGAUACAGUCAUGAAUCUCAUUGAGGGGCCUCGGCGUUUCACUGAGAUCAUGGGUUUCUCUGAGAGAGGGGUGCAGGAGUACUUCCACAAGUUCUUUCAGGAUGAGCAACUCUUUAAGAAAACAUAUGAGAGUGUGAAGACAAAUGAAGGCCUCAUGACUACCUGCUCUGUGCCUUUGCUGUGUUGGAUGGUAUGUUUUUGUCUGAAGAAAUACUCAACUGAUAGUCAGGUUAUGGUGAAAAAACUAAAGACAACCACCUCCAUAUAUGUGCACUUUGUGUCCGCUCUACUGGAGCAUCAUGGCCAGAGUAAAUAUGUCCUCACCACGCUGAGGAAUCUGGGUCAGCUGGCACAAAGAGGAAUACAAAAUCAGCAAGUGUUUUUUGAUGAAAAGGAUGUGGCAGAGACUGGCUUAGUUGCCUCCAAGUGUCUGUUCUUGUAUAAAGAUUAUGUUAAUGGACAGAAAACAGAACCAGUUUUCAAGUUCAUGCACUUCAGCUUUCAGUGGUUUUUCGCUGCUCUUUGGGUCCUGCUUGAUGAAGAAGUGUCUUGGUGGAAAGUCAGUGAGCUGUUGAACUUGAUGGGCUCAGCUAUAGUUGAAUGCCUAUCUCUUGAAAGAAGAUCAAAUCCCAUCCCAUCAGUUUUGCUGUUCUUCUAUGGUCUCUUAAAUGAGGAGGUGAUCAGCUCACUUUUAAAAAAAAUCAAAUUAACUGUCUCUAACACCAUAAAACUGAGGAAAAGAAAACUGAAGAAAACACUGAAGCAAAGAAUUCUUACAAUGACAACAUGGCAUGGAUGUGAACUAUAUGUUCUCCAAUGUCUGUAUGAGCUCCAAAAUCUGGGGUUUGAAAGGAAAGUUCUGGAAGCUCACAGCUUCAUGGAUCUGUCCAACAUUUCCCUGAGGAGCACAGACUGUUGGGUGCUGCUGUACUGUCUUCAGUGCUGUCCACACAUCAGAGAACUGAACCUCAUGUACUGUGAUUUAACAGCUGAUAAACUCAAGAUUCUUCAGCCAGCACUCUGUAUGUGUGAGACUCUGAGGUUGUCAGUGAAAAACCUUCCAGAAGUUGGAGAUUUGAUCCAGAUUCUUGGAGAAUCAAAAAUCUUGAAAGAACUGAAAGUUCAAGAGGAUGAAUACAGCACUGAGAGUCCCAGAUGGACGCUUGAUCUGUCAGUGACUUCUGGAGAAAUCUUGUUGUCUUUGAGCUCCUCAGAGAAGAAUCCAUCAUUUCCAGCAGUCUUAAACAUCAGUCUUACUUGUUCACACUCAGAGAUAACCAACACUGACUGGACACUCUUCUUACAGACACUCAGCAAAGCAGGAAAACUAGCAGAAGACUCUUCAGCUCUUGAGGAUCAUGUCAGUUUGCUGCUGUCUUCAUUUCACUCUGUGGGUUUGAAGAAGUUGGAUCUGAAGGUGUUCAGUCUGAAUGAGAGCUGGGCUUCUGGGAUCAUUUCCCUCAUCCAGACCUGCACCAGUCUACAGGAGAUCAGUGUCUGUGCUGGAUUGCUGUUGGAGGAGGGGCUCAUGUCACUAAAGAAAUCACUGACGGAUCCACACUGCAUUGUGAUCAUUGAAGGGUGGAAGUGCAGUAAACUCACUGACCAGUGCACAGAACAGGACUGGAGUCAGAGCUGCAAUGAGAAAGUGAAGAUUCACUUCAAACCAAAAGUUUUGGAAGAGCUGAAAGAGCUGAAUGUCUUUGAACCGUCUGCACUGAAUCUUUACCCGCUCCCAGUGUGUCAGUCUUGUGUUCACAUUGUUGAUAGUGAUCAGUGGGUUCAGGUGGAGCCGUCAGUCUUUACAGAUGAAAGAGGGUCAAAAUUCAGGAUCAGCACUCAGGCGGGUCGAUUCGAGUGCAGCAGGACCAGAAUGCGAUGGGUCUGUGCUGGUGACGUCACUCUCCAGUACCGUGAGGUGGAUGAACGUUUCCUCAGCGCAGAGCUGGAGAGGCUUCAGUGUGAGCGAAUUAGUCCAGUGAUUGAUGUGACCAUGAUCUCAGGGAAACUGGAGGAGGCCCAUCUGCCUCAUUAUGACUGUUUAGCAGAGUCUGACCCCUCUCUCAAAGAUGUUGUGAAGAUCCUCAGUGUUGAAAAUGAGGGAAUAACUUUGGAAUCAGUGGAGCUGACUCGUUUUCAUGCCAGAAUGCUCCAACCAUCCUUUUGGCCUUCCACAGUGAUUAAAGAUAAAGACGUUCCUGUUGAACAGCAUUUAGACCUUCUUAUCUUCAUAAUAAAUGAAGAUCCUGUCAUUCUCCAUGUGUACUUUUUCCCACUGUUUGAUACUUUUUCAAAGGAAAAAAUUAAGCAGGAAGAAACCGCAAAUAAUCCUCAUGUCCUUGAGAUUGAACAUUCCAGGUCUAACAUGAAAAUUAAAAUGGAAACACUACACAUUCUAAAAGUAUCCGGUGCCAGUGUACUUCCUGAAGAAGGGAUUUCAUUUUUAAGUAAUAUUCACCCAAAACUCUUCAAGAUCAAGCAAAAUGUAGAUGGGGAUAUACAGAUGAUUCUCAUCAGACAGCAGGAUGAAAUGUUUAUGUGGAAAACAAUAAUUUGGAAAGACAAAAUAAAUCAGAAAAAAGAAGAAAUGAGAGAUUUAAUGGUCAGGUUGUCCACAGAAAGAAGCAAGUACAACCAUGAAGGAAAGAAGCACAAGUCAAAAAAAGAUUGGAGUGGCAUGAUUCUUCAGUAUAAGACUUCAGUCAUUGACAGAUUUAAGUUUGUGACAGAGUAUCACCAUCCAUCUGAAGAACGCGUGGAACUGGCUGCCCGUUACACUGAACCAGUGAUCAUUCAGAAGACCAAAGAGCAGAUUGAGAAGUACUAUCGUGAACAUGUGAAGUCUGCUCACGCUUCUGGAAUAAAUACAUCAUAUAAACUGUUAUCAAAUGACAAGAAUCACAGCAUCAGAAUAGACCAGCUGUUCAGUCCCGACAGUGAUGGAAACACACCGAAAACUGUGAUUCUCAGUGGUGAUUCUGGAAGAGGUAAAUCCUUCAUGUUACAGAAGAUCAUGUUGGACUGGGCUUCUGGAGAACUUUACUCUGAAAACUUUGCUGUAGUUUUUCUGUUGAAGUGUGAAGAGCUGAAGUGUAUUUCUGAGGAGAUGAGCUUGAUUGAUCUCUUGAGCUGGAGUUGCAGUUUAACACCAGAUCACAUCUCACAGAUACUACAGUUAACACCAGAGAAAGUCCUCUUCCUCAUUGAUGGAUUGGAUGAGUAUGUAUUUCAUCCACCCAUUCAUUUCGUUGCUUUACACACUAAUCCAUCCAAGAAAACGUCACCUAUGGACACUCUUAAGAGUCUGUUGUGGGGUGUUUUGCUGCCAGAAUCAUUCAUGCUUGUAACUAUGAGAUCUAUAGCUGAUGAUACUGUGAUGAAUCUCAUUGAGGGACCUCAGCGUUACACUGAUAUUGUGGGCUUCUCUGAGAGAGGGGUGCAGGAGUACUUCCACAAGUUCUUUCAGGAUGAGCAACUCUUUAAUAAAACAUAUGAGAGUGUGAAGACAAAUGAAGGCGUCAUGACUACCUGCUCUGUGCCUUUGCUGUGUUGGAUGAUCUGUUUUUGUCUGAAGAAGCACUUUACAGGUGGGGAGCAUGUGAUGGCAGAACUAAAGACAACCACCUCCAUAUAUGUGCACUUUGUGUCCACUCUACUGGAGCAUCAUGAUCAGAGUCAGUCUGUCCUCACCAUGCUGAGGAGUCUGGGUCAGCUGGCAGAGGAAGGGAUGAAGAAGCGAGAAGGUAUUUUUGAAGAGAAGAGUGUGACUGCCACUGGCUUAGAUCCCGCUACUAGUCUGUUCUUGGGUAAAGAUAAAGAGAUAAACAGACAGGAGCCAGUGUUCAGGUUUAUGCAUCCAACCUUUCAGGAGUUUUUUACAGGUCUUUAUUAUGUUUUACUGGAUGAAAAAGAGUCCUGGGGAAAAGUCAGUGAACUGUUGAACAAGCUGAAAUAUAAGGGUAUAAUCGAUGUACCAUCUCCAGAAAGAAGAUCAAAUUCCAUCCCUUCAGUCAUGAUGUUUCUCUUUGGCCUCUUAAAUGAGAAGGUGAACAGCUCACUCUUUGAAAAGAUCAAGUGGACUGUUCCUCACAAAAUCAAACUGAAGAAAGACUUACAGGAUAUUAUCUUGACAAUGAAAAAACAGCACGGAUGUGAACUGUUUGCUCUUCACUGUCUGUAUGAGCUCCAUGAUGAGGUGUUCAUGAGGAGAACUUUGGCAGAUUGGGUAUCCAUGGAUCUGUCUAACAUUUCCCUGAGGAGCACAGACUGUUGUGUGCUGCUGUACUGUCUUCAGUGCUGUCCACACAUCAGAGAACUGAACCUCAUGUACUGUGAUUUAACAGCUGAUAAACUCAAGAUUCUUCAGCCAGCACUCUGUAUGUGUGAGACCCUGAGGUUGUCAGUGAAAAACCUUCCAGAAGUUGGAGAUUUGAUCCAGAUUGAUUCAAAACUCUUGAAAAAACUAAAAGUUCAAGAGGAUGAAUACAGCGCUGAGAGUCCCAGAUGGACGCUUGACCUGUCAGUCACUCCUGGAGAAAUCUUGUUGACUUUGAGCUCCUCAGAGAAGAACAGAACCUUUUCACAGACUGAGAUGACUUAUUUUCACAGUUAUCGAAAACGCAAAUCUAAACUUUACCCAACCAUGAUGACUUCUGCUUCUGAGAACCCCGGAAGUGUGAAAAGGGUCCAUGCAUCAUUUCCAGCAGUCUUAAACAUCAGUCUUACAUGUUUACACUCAGAGAUAUCCAGCACUGACUGGACACUCUUCUUACAGAGAAUCAGCAAUGCAGGAAAAUUAGCACAAGACUCUUCAGCUCUUGAGGAUCAUAUCAGUUUGCUGCUGUCUUCAUUUCACUCAGUGGGUUUGAAGAAGUUGGAUCUGAAGGUGUUCAGUCUGAAUGAGAGCUGGGCUUCUGGGAUCAUUUCCCUCGUCCAGACCUGCACCAGUCUACAGGAGCUCAGUGUCAGUGUCACUGGAUUGCUGCUGAAAGAGGGACUUGAGUUACUGCAAAAAUCACUGAUGGAUCCACACUGCACUGUGACCAUUGAAGGGAGGAAGUGCUGUAAACCCACUGACCAGUGCACAGAAGAGGACUGGAGUCAGAGCUGUAAUAAGAAAGUGGAGAUUCACUUCAAACCAAAGGUUUUGGAGGAGCUGGAAGAGCUGAACAUCUCUGACUAUGAACAGUCUGGUCUGGAUCUUCACUGUCAGUCUUGUGUUCACAUUGUUGAUAGUGAUCAGUGGGUUCAGGUGGAGCCGUCAGUCUGUACAGAUGAAGGAGGGUCAAAGUUCAGGAUCAGCACUCAGGCGGGUCGAUUCGAGUGCAGCAGGACCAGAAUGCGAUGGGUCUGUUCUGGUGACGUCACUCUCCAGUACUGUGCAGUAGAUGGACGUUUCCUCAGUGCAGAGCUGGAGCGGCUUCAGUGUGAGCGAAUUGGUCCAGUGAUUGAUGUGACCGUGAUCUCAGGGAAACUGGAGGAGGCUCAUCUGCCUCAUUACGCCUGUUUAGCAGAGUCUGACCCCUCUCUCACAGAUACUGUGAAGCUCCUGAACAAAAGAGAUGAAGGAAUAUCUUUACAAUCUGUAGAGUUGACCCGUUAUCAUGCUAAAAUACUCCAACCAUCCUUCUCUCUUAUAACUCUAAUUAUAAGCCUGUUCACACAGUGGGAAGAACACUGUGACCUUCUUAUCUACAUGCACUGUAAAGAUCCUCUCAUUCUUCAUAUCUACUUUUUUCCAAUGAAUGACACUUGUUCAAAAGAAUAUGUUGAGCAGAAUGAAAAAUCUGAUCAUCGGAUCUCUCAUCCCAGACCUAACGGACCAUUUCAGAUGAAAACGGCGCACAUUCUUGAGGUUCCUGGUGCUUCUGUGCUUCCUGAAGAGGGGAUUUCAUUUAGAACAGAUGUUGAUCCAAACUUCUUCGAGAUCAUGCAACGUCAGUAUGGUGAUGUACCUUUGAAUCUUGUCAGAGUGAAGGACAAGACAUCCGUUUGGAUUUCCACAAUAUGGAAAGCCAAAUUCGACAGGUUAAUUCAAAGGUUAACCUCACAAAUAAACAACAACAAACAUGAAGAAGAGAAGCAGAAGCCAUCCGAAGAGGCCCAGUUUGUGGAUAGGAACCGGGCAGCGCUUAUUCAAAGGGUUAAGGUUGUGAUGGCAAUAGCAGAUGAGUUAAAAAAUAAAGACAUGAUACAUGAUGAAACAUAUUUAGAGAUCAGAGCAGAAGGAACCAACCAGGGCAAAAUGAGAAAGCUGUUUGAAGCACUGCAUUCUGGAGGAGACAGAGUGAAAAAUGACUUUUAUUAUGCGCUGAAACAUCAUGAAAAAUUCCUCUUCAAAGACCUGGGUGGUGUGACAACUAAAAAAAAAAAAUGAGGUGGACGAGCAGAAGGACAGCCAGCUAAAAUGAUUUGAACAGUGAGUGUCAAUUGCAUGUUAUCUACUGUAUUAAAAUAUAUGUCAAACACUUGUGCUCUGAAAUCAAACAGUAACCACCUUUGUGAGCACACUUUUUAUGCUCAACAGAUUGUGGUGCAGAAAUUUACAUUAAUGCAUGACAAUCAAGUGUAUUUUUGAUAUGAAAGUGCAAGAAGAAGACCCCUGCAACCAAGACACGGAAACAAACAUGACCUGGAGAAAAGAGGGAAGAUGAAGCCACCUGAACAUAAAACAAUCUUAUAAAUGCAGAGGAACAUUUUACAAAUUACAAUUGUAAUUUACUCACUCUCAUGCCAAUGAAAAACCAUAUUAUUUUUUUCUUUCAUGAAACCAAAGGAGAAAUUUAUCAGAACAUGUUGACUUUGUCCUACAGCAUACACUUUUAUACAUUUUACAAAUGUAUAAAAGGGACCUUUUUUUUUUUUUUUUUUUUUUUUUUUACUUUUGUGUUCCAUGGAAGAAAACAUCCUGGUUUUAAUUUUUAGGUGAACAUUUUUAAGCCAUACACAUUUUAUGCUGUUUUAAUGCCAAAAGCCCAACAUUUUAUAUAUUGAAGAAAAAUUGUGUAGGAAUUACAAAGAAAUGAAAAGAAACACAUUGAAUUAACAUGAAAUUGAGAAGAAGAAAGACUGUAAGGUAUUUGCUUGUAAAACGUACUCCAAUAAUCUUUUUUAAUUUACAGCUUCAAAAAUAUUUUUUUUACAGUAUGUAAUCAUCUAUAGAUAUUAAACCUUUUAUUUUUCUUCCAUAUUUUUAUUUUUUUAUUAUUAUAAAUAUAUUUAUAUUAACAAAAAGAUAAUGAAUAAAAAACUUGAUCAAAUGAUCUUUUACAGAGCUUGCAAAGCAGUACUUUUAUAUUUGCAAACAUUAUGGUUUGUUCUAAAAUACUGGGUAUUUGGGUACAUUCAAACACCUGCUGUUAACAAGUAGAAUCACUGAAGGAAAGAGAAACAACAAAAAUGGAGGUGUCCAAUACAAAGCCACUUUGGGUAUCCUUUCCUGAGACAUCCUUAGUACAUGUCCAAGCCAUCUUAUCUUGAUCUCCUGAGAUAUGUUCUUGGAUUUUAUCUUUUUGUAUAGGUUGACAUUAUAGAUGGUAUUGGGCCAUUAGACGUUGCAGUUAUGCAACUCUUAUGGAAGGUCUCUACCUUGCUCAUCUCUACUUUCACUAUUCUCCAACAUUUAGAGCUGAUUUAACAUUGCUGUUGUAAAGCUUGAUCUUUGUUCUGAGGCUUAGCUGUUUAGACUUCCAGAUGGUUCUGAGCCUGCUAAAAGCUCCUCUUGCUUUAUUUAUUUGGGCCUUGAUGUCUUUUUGGGCUCCAUUAUCAGUGCUAAUAAUGCUGCUAAGAUACGUGAAAUCAUUCACAUCCUCGAUUGGCUCUCCCUCAAUUGUAACUGGAUCAGAGACAGGAGCAUUGAUAUGCAUGGCCUGCGUUUAUGUGUAAGCUGGUCUGUUUAGCAUAUCUGCUCAGUCUAUCUGACUUUUCCUAAAUGUGAGUGUGUGUGGCUGAUAUUAACACCAGAUCAUCAGCAAAGUCAAGGUCUUCCAAAUGAGAAAAGAGAGUCCAUUGAAUGCUAAGGACAUCGUUGGAUGCCGUUUGACGCAUAACCCAGGUAAUAGCCACUUUUCCACUGUCAGGCCAGUCCGAGUCAGGGCUUUUUUGCCUAGGACCUGUAGCACAGAGCCCAAAAAUCAUCCGUGGCGCUGCCAUCUCCAUACUCAGAUAAACUCUGCCUUUGUUCGUAACCCCUCCUCAAGUUCAAGUUGGCCCACUUUGGACCAAGGUAUUCGGCAGGCCAAAAACCCCUGGCCAUUGGCCCUGAGGAAGCCCCAACGAGGUCUGAUCAAGCCCCGGAAGUGUCAGUGGAAAUGUCACUGGCCCUGGCACGCACUAGCACGCCCGUUUUAGGCCAGACAAUGGAAACACGGUUAAUGGUGAUAACUUAAUAUGAAGUACAACAUUAAAUCCUUCAGCAGAAGACGAUUAAACAACUCCACAAACAGCUUUACCAGCUUCAAAUAUUGCUAACCAGUUGAAUUUAUUUCUUUUAAACAUACAAAAGUUCUUACUGAGAUAAACAAAGGUUUAAAUGUUGAUGUUUGGUUAAAAUAAGUUUUGUUAUGUCACCAUGAUGUUGAUCGGUGUUUGCUUUAGUUUUGCUCUUGAAUCUUGACUUUUGCAAGUGUUUUCAGUGAACAUUUGUGCAUUGCUUGAUAAAGUUGAAAAAGCAGACUGGUGUAUUUGUUUUAAUGACUAUUAAAUGACUGCUUUUCUGUAGUUUUAUGUAAAAAUUUCAGCUGUUGUGAUAGACAGAGCACUUGCAGCACUAAGGAGAUCUGUGUGAUGAAAAACCUACAACCUACUAAAUGUUGCGACACACUUAGACAUCAAACACUCAUUAUGCAAACCUCAACAAUGGUGACAAUCAAAAAAUAUUCAAAUCUAAUUAUUAAAAGAAUUCAGCUGCAUAAGUUAUUCAUGCUUCAAUGCAUGCUGGGAGCCAUGAAUGAGUUUUGUGUGCUGGCAUGUAGCACACUUAUGAUCAGUGAGACUUCAGAUAUAGACAGUGAACCACUCCACAAUGACAUGAAUUAACAGGCAACAUCACCUGAAGUUAUUCUGUCUCAGCUUCCUCUGACAUACUAUUAAAGCAUCCAGAGAAAAACAAACUAAAUCAUCAAGAUUCAAGAGCCCAACAGAAAAUACUGAUCUUAGUGAAUUCAAAUGUUUGUUCAAAAUAUGCAAAACCAUACCAAUAAAAGAAACGAGCAACAGGCUUUCAACUUAAUCAUUCAAUGAAAAACCAGAUAAACAGACAAGGAAAUCAAAAAAGCAGGCAGCCCGGGACAAAAACAAACAAAACUAAAACAGACAAACCAAACAUAACUCUGAGGCAUGGGCUAUAUGCACAUUUACUAUCAUUCAUUUUUUAUAUAUAUAUAUUCAUGUACAGCGCUCCAUCAGGAAGACUCCCUGUGCUACAGAUGGCCAGUACAUACAGCAUUAACCAGUUAAACAUGUCACUGGACACACCCAUUUUGCACACGUCGGAGAACCAGGAAACAUUUUCAACUUCUCAGUAGAGAGAGAAACUCAAGUGUUGUUGAGCUGUUUUAUGUCUCUUUGUGUAAAAUGUGAAAUGGCAGAAGCUGGUAUUUCUUGAGAUCCAUUACUGAACAUCCAGCA